AUGUCUAGUUUUAUUCCCCAUCAGGCCAACCCUCAAACCUCGGCAUUUACCUGCAAUACUUGUAAUAUCCGUUUUUUGACAGCCGAAUUACAGAGACAGCAUAUGAAGACCGAAUGGCAUAGAUACAAUCUUAAAAGAAGAGUGGCACAGUUACCCUCCAUCAGUUCCGACGUAUUUGCCGACAAGGUGUUGAGCCAAGAACAAUUUGGUGAAAGCAGAGAAAAUGAAGACGAAGACGGGUUCUACGUGCACCACAGAAAGACGAAGAAUAACACCAACAAGCUGCUUAGUAAGAUGUUGGCCCAUAAGAAGGUCUCCGAAUCAAGAGGCAGAAAAUUGGAUGCCGAAGAUUUCGAGGAAAUCGAAAGAGCCGCCAGCCCCGCAUCAAUAGCAUCGGAAUUUUCCCAGUUUUCCUUGGGUGAUUCGACCAGUCAUGAGUUUGAAUCGGGCCAUGAAACGGGCUCCGAGUUGAACUUUUCUGAGUCCGAUUACGUGGAAGUUGAAGCCGAGGCCGAAGACACCGAGUCGAGUGAUUCUGAGGUGAGUGAAGACGAAUCGAUUGAAGAGUUGCAGGCAGUCCCCAUUACCAACUGUUUCUAUUGUGGAAAAAACAAUGAGGAAGUGGAGUUGAACAUCAAGCAUAUGUACAAAAACCACGGGUUGUACAUCCCAGAGAGAUCUUAUUUGACUGAUGUCAUAGGCUUACUUCUGUAUAUGAGUGAGGUUAUAUCCGUUGACCUCGAAUGUUUGGUGUGUGGAUUUGAAGGAAGAAACUUGACAAGCGUGAGGCAGCACAUGUACUCCAAGGGUCAUUGCAAGCUCCCAUACGAGACCAAGGACGAGAAGUUGGCGGUGUCGGAGUUUUACAAUUUCUAUGAGCUGGAAGAUACGCCUGUGGCCAAGACCAGUAACAAGAAGGUGAGCUUCAUGGGUGCGACAGACGCUGAACAAGAACAGACUGUUGGCGAACAAGAAGAAGAAGGAGAAGAAGAAGACUCGUUCGACGACCAUGGCAUCAACGACAACUAUACUUUGGUGACGGUGGAUAGAUCAGGGGUCGAGUUGACCCUUCCUACCGGCUCCAGGAUCGGCCAUAGGUCGAUGGCUAGAUACUACCGUCAAAACCUUGCGUUAGCACCACAACCUUCGGAAUCAAACAGAACAGUUGCGUUGGUGGACAGACGUUUUGCUCCUGGAUUGACGGUGCACGAGGUGACCAAACAAGACAAGCAGGCCAGACGACUCGAACAGAAGUUGAAGAACUACGAUGUCAACAGGUCCAAGUCAUACAGGGCCAACUACCAAAAGCAUUACGUCGACCAGAUGUUGGGCCAUGCUUGA